AUGGAGGGAGCCAUGGCCGAUGAAAGUAGAGAAGAAGCCAUGGAAAGUCGAGAAGAAGCCAUGGCCGAUGAAAGUCGAGAAGAAGCCAUGGAGGAAGAAGAUGGCAGAGAUAAAUCGCAGGAAAAGGAAGUUGAUGAUGUCUCUGGCAAAGAGAAAGAAAGCGAGCCCGAAAAGGAGAAAGAAGGAGGUGAAAGUCUCGACAGUGUGGUCGCUUCUCCUGAAGGCAAUGUGGAGAAAGAAGGAGGUGAAAGUCUCGGCAGUGUGGUCGCUUCUCCUAAACGACCAAUUUCUCAUCGCCCUAAGCUGAAAGUCCAUCUAAAACGGGAUCGAGAUGGAAUGAACGAGAAGCGGGACGAGGGUAAAAGGCAGAAGCGGGAGAAGCUCUUGGAGGAGGCUAACCAGCCGAGGGUGUCUACAAGGGUAGCUGGGAAGAUAGAGAAGAAGGCAGCAGAAAAGGUAGAGAAGGAAAGGAAGAAUGCAGAAGAAAAGCUAGAGAAGGAAAGGAAGAAGGCAGAAGAAAAGGCUGAGAAAGAAAGGAAGAAGGCAGAAGAAAAGGCUGAGAAAGAAAGGAAGAAGGCAGAAGUGAAGGCUGAGAAAGAAAAGAAGAAGGCUGAGAUGGAAAAGAAGAAGGCGAAAAAGGGAGAGGUUUCGAGAGAGGAUGAGAAGAACUAA